AGAUUAUACUAAUAUAUGAAAUUAAAUGAGGUUGUAAUUGGAAAAGUUUGGAUAGAGGUUGUAAGUUGGCAUCCGGAACCCAAAAGUAAGUAUUAAAAAAAUAAAUAGGUAAUUAAAAGAAGUAUUUGGAGUCCAUUUGAUAUGGAUCGCUCCCGUCUAUAAAUUUGCGCAAAGAAUCUCCACCUCCCAUCACUCGCUCGCCUUUAUAUCCUGCAAAUCACAAGCAACACAAACACAACUUAAAAACUCCACGGAUAUUAAAGCACGGCGGAGGCGCCGGCAUCCAAGAGAGAGAGAGAGGAGAGAGGAUGGGCGGUUGGGCUAUAGCGGUGCACGGCGGCGCUGGUGUGGAUCCAAACCUCCCCAAGGAACGUCAAGAAGAAGCCAAGCAACUUCUCACUCGUUGCCUUAACCUCGGCAUCUCCGCCCUCCGCUCCUCUCUCCCUCCCAUUGAUGUCGUCGAGCUCGUUAUUCGAGAAUUGGAGAGUGAUCCCCUGUUUAAUUCUGGGCGUGGAUCUGCGCUGACGGCCAAGGGGACGGUGGAGAUGGAGGCGAGCAUCAUGGACGGGACCGGCCGGCGCUGCGGGGCCGUGUCCGGCGUCACCACCGUCAAGAAUCCCAUCUCCCUCGCCCGUCUCGUUAUGGACAAAUCGCCGCAUUCCUAUCUUGCUUUCUCUGGCGCUGAGGAAUUCGCCAAACAACAGGGCGUGGAGAUGGUUGAGAACGAGUACUUCAUCACCGAGGACAACGUUGGAAUGCUCAAAUUGGCCAAAGAAGCCAACUCAAUCCUGUUCGACUAUCGGAUCCCCCUAAGCGGGUCGGAUAGCUGCAGCGCGGCGGUGGAGGCGCCGCCGCUGCAGAUGAACGGGCUGCCGAUCAGCGUGUACGCGCCGGAGACGGUGGGGUGCGUGGUGGUGGACGGGCAGGGGCGGUGCGCGGCGGGGACGUCGACGGGAGGGCUGAUGAACAAGAUGGCGGGUCGGAUCGGGGACUCGCCGCUGAUCGGGUCGGGCACGUACGCGUGCGAGGUGUGCGGGGUGUCGUGCACGGGGGAGGGGGAGGCCAUCAUACGCGGGACCCUGGCGCGUGACGUGGCGGCGGUGAUGGAGUACAAGGGCCUGCCCCUGCAGGAGGCGGUGGACUUUGUCAUCGAGCGCCGGCUCGACGGCGGCGGCAAGGCCGGGCUCAUCGCCGUGUCGAGCAAAGGGGAGGUGGCGUGUGGGUUCAACUGCGUUGGGAUGUUUAGGGGUUGUGCCACUCAAGAUGGAUUCAUGGAAGUUGGGAUUUGGGAGUAGAUGUAAUUAAUUAAUUAAUAACUAGUAUAAUACAUAGCAUUAGUCAUAGACAUAUGAGAUGAGAUGAGAUGAGAUGAUAGAACAUGCUAAUUGCUAUGCUAUGUUAGUAUUUGCUCCUUUUUCAUUUAGUUGCAUGCUUGUUUGCUCGCCAUCAACCUAUCUCUUCUUAGCCUAAAUCUUUUGAAUACAUCUUUCUUUUUAUCU